GAGGGUAAACUUUUCACAGAUGACGCAAUGCAGUUGAUUAUACCUACAAAACAUGGUGUUCUGAUGUCGGAUGAAGAACUUGCACAGUGGAUUUUGGAUCUCAGCAGCAACAGAAACAAGUUAGGUGCUAGAAGACGUCGUUAUAAUUUCGACGAUCAAACUGACGUGGACAAGGACGACUACCCAAAUCUUGUCGGAUUCUCUAAAAUUCAGUUUAACUCGCUGCUAGCAGAAAUAUCAGGCCAUGUACAUAACAGUGUCAACCGAAGUGUCCGAAAUGCGUUGGCCAUCUUCCUUAUGCUGCUUCGCCACAAUUUGGCUCAGAAAGUGCUGGGCAGUCUUUUUGGAAUCCCCAAUCAAUCAUGCGUGAGUGAGACCAUUGAUGCAGUCGCUACAGCGCUGGACAACCAUUUUGUCAAGAAAUACCUCGGUUUUGAACACUUGUCCCGUGAAGCAGCCCUUCGUGACCACUCUCGUCCAAUAUACUCGAAGCUAUUUAAAGAAGAAGACCCAACUAAGCUGUUUCUUAUCAUGGAUGGAACCUAUAUUUAUAUUGAAAAGCCGGCCGACUUUCACCUGCAGAAACUAACUUAUUCUGGGCAGAAAAAACGCAAUUUAAUCAAACCAUUUAUGAUAGUUCUUCCGUCAGGGUAUAUCUUGGCUGCGUGUGGUCCUUAUUAUGCAAAUGGUGCGAAUAACGACGCUGGGAUCUUAAAAUCCAUCCUGUCGGAGCUGCCACCUGAUUCACCUUACUUGAAACCGGGCGAUCACCACAUUCUGGACAGGGGAUUCAGAGACGUGAUUCAGACUCUUCUUCGCCUUGGACACCUCACACAUAUGCCAGAACUACUAGACACCGAUGAUAAACAAUUCACCACUUCGCAAGGAAAUGAGUCAAGACGGGUCACGUUGGUUAGAUGGUUGGUGGAGGCAGUAAAUGGAAGAAUCAAGAAAAAGUUAAAAUUAUUUCGAGAGACAGUUCCAGGAGGAUACCUUGAGAAGCUGCCCAUGUUGUUCAGAAUUGGUUGCGCCCUUAUUAACUGUUUCUGCCCUCCUCUCUCCACCCACUCACCCAAGCAUGAUAAGAUAGCCGAACGAGCAUUGGAACUUGCUGACCGGGAGAAUUUACUACAAAAGCGAGUGGAGGACGAGGAGAUGGAUCGCCGGACUAAGGAAUGGAAGACGGCCUCUCUGAAAGAAUUUCCAAAAUUCCCGAAGCUUAACGUUGACGAUCUGGAAGACAUAACCCUUGGAGUGUAUCAGAUUGGAUUGGCCAAGAGAUACGCUAAUCUGCACAUGAAAAAUUCUCCAAUCUUUGAAAUUAAACUGAAUUCAGAAUUUCCAAACAUCGUGCGAGCCAAGAUUGAAUCAAGGUUUACAGCCAAUAAAGCCCACGAUCUAUGGAUCGAAUAUUCUUCCGACCCCAGAGGUUAAAGGUGCUGACGCAAUAAUUGGUUUCUACUGUAAAUGCAAACAAGGCGCUCGGACAUUGGGAUGUUGUGCACAUAUUUGCACAAAGGUGCUGUGGUACUUGGGUUAUCAGAGGUACCAAAACCCAACAACAAUUAACGUUCGGAAAAGAAAACUGGAAAUUAUUAACGCCGGAAAACCUUAAUCGGAGGAGGAGGAAUCGGAGGAUUAUCAUUAAGGCAGUUUUUGGUCAGGUUAUGCAUAUACAUUUAUUUCUUCUAAUCUGGUAAUGACUCACAAUUUUAGAUCAUCUAUAAGUACGGCAUAAUUUGGGAAGGCACAUGAGUACUAUGAUUGAUUUCGUAGUUUGCAAUCCCAACCGUACUUAUAAAUGCAUGUUAGGCGAAUUAAACUAAUAUUAAUAUUGCGUAUUGUUUUUUUCAGGUUUCAUUGAGUUACAAUUUUUUUGUGUUGUGUACAUUUUCAUGGAUGUAUGUAUGUAUUCCAGUGUAAAGUUAUGAUGCUGUAGAAAAAUAAAAUCUGAGUUGUAUUGUAUAUAUGUACGAAUUAUAAUCUGUCAAAUUAUAAAUAUACAAUAUAUAUAUGUAAUACUCAAAAUUGCAACGAAAACCGAAAUGAAUAACGAGCAUUGUUGAGUACCUCAAAUGCGGCUGCAAAUAUGUACAUAUUGCUUUCUCGCUUAAUCUUCCAUGAUUUGUUACCACACAACUAAAAAUAAUAAUUAAUAUCGGGGGCCCAGCAUUUUGCAUUGUAAUCAAUGAAAAAUAAUGCAAAGGGGCCCACGGUUACCAUCAAGUUCGAUCAGUGUCUUUACGGUGGGUUUCUUUAUUUCCCGUAAGGUGAGACAUGGUGAAAAAAGCCAUGGCCAUUCGCCUCACUUCACCAUGUCUCACCUUACGGGAAAUAAAGAAACCCACCGUAAAUUUGUCGUGAGGCCGGUGAUAGGUUCCGUGUGUGGGGUAAUAGUAAAACUUAAUAAGCCACUCAUUCAAUAAGUUUUACAAGAACGAAUGAACAAGCAAAACGAGUACUUUUCAAUGAGAAAUUGACACUAGUACAAUGGAUUAUCGAGGAAAAAACAUGCGUAUAUCGUGCAUAUUAAACUG